CGCGUCCAUGAAAACCCUUCUGAAUUCAAGAGAGGAGGGAGGGACGGAGAGAGAGAGAGAGAGAUGACACUUCUACAAUCUCUGGAACGGGAAUUCCCAAUCAUCGACGCCAAUUUCCAGCAGUUCUGCGCAUCUCACAACAUCUUCUCAGUGGAGGAUUUUCUAGUCCAUGAUCUCUAUGUGCUAGUUGCUUUUGCGGAACAUCAUGCCACCUCAAAGGAAUUGAAACAGGGAAUCACUCGAGUUCUCUCUAUCGUAGACAGUCAGCAUCAACCAUGGUUGAAUGGAGUGGAGUUGCUUGAAGAUGCUAAACUGAAUAAGCAUGUUCUAUCCACUGGUUGUGAAGGGAUUGAUGUGCUUCUUCAAGGUGGAUUACAUGAGGGACGGUUGACAGAAUUGGUUGGCCCAUCAUCUUCUGGUAAAACUCAAGUAUGUCUACACGCUGCUUCACAUGUUGCACAGAACUACAAGGGUACUGUGAUGUUUUUGGACACGAGUAACUCCUUUUCAACCAAACGCAUUGCAGAUAUAAUUAGUUGCCGUUUGCGUUCUUCAUUUAAACAGGUCAAUGGAAGAACCCUUGCUGGUGUCAUGAGUAACAUAUUAUGUCACCCAGUAUUUGAUGUCUUCACCUUGUUGGAUGUACUACAUCAGCUAGAAUUCGAACUGAGAGCUCAGGUUAAGAAUGAAGAUACAAGGAUGCGUUUGCUAAUUGUCGAUUCAAUCUCAUCCCUUAUCACCCCAGUCCUGGGAGGCAAAGGCUCAAAUGGACGCUCUUUGAUGAUUUCGGUUGGAUUUCUUCUGAAGAAAUUGGCGAACGAACAUAAUAUUUCUGUACUGGUGACUAAUCACAUGGUUGGUGGAGAGGGAGGAAACACUAAGCCAGCCCUUGGGGAGACAUGGAAGACUGUUCCGCACGUGCGCCUGCUGCUUUCUCGUGAUCACAGGAGCAACAUCUACAAUGUAUCUGUAUUGAAACACACAUGCAUGGCUUCUGGCCAGGUUGGGAGGUUUAUCAUACAAGACUAGCUGAUUUUGAUGGAUGUAAUGGUUUCUCAGCCAAAAGAGUCUUGUUCUCUUGCUCUCAAAUGAAUAAAAAUAUCAAGGGCAUUGAGAGCAAUCUUUUGUUUGGAUCCCCAGCACGCUGCUUUACCCUUCAUUUGCUGUUUGUAUCAUGUGGGAUUACUCUUCUUUUCGGGAGGAAUCAAGGAAACCGCUGUGUAAAAAGAUGAGAUUACCCUUUGACGAUGGAUUCUAACAGCAAUCAUAUGGUGAUGGGUGCUCUCCUACCAUGCACUUGUGUGAACUGAAAUCUCAACUGUCCAAAUAGUGGGGCGCACCAUUGUUGGAAAUUUGUUUGGGAUUCGUACUCCAAAAUCCUUAAAAAUCUCUGAUUUUACUUGA